AUGCGUUUCGUUAUUACAGUAACUGUUGAAAUUAUCACAGCUGAUGGACGUGUUAUAGUGGGAACAUUCAAAGGUUUUGAUCAAACAACAAAUGUGAUUCUUUCCAGCUGUCAUGAACGUGUAUUUUCCGAAACGGAAGGUGUAGAAACACUACCACUUGGUUUAUAUAUAAUACGUGGUGAUAAUAUAGUUUUAAUUGGUGAAAUCGAUCUAGAACGUGACGCGUCUGUGGAUCUCUCUGAAAUCAGGGCUGCUCCCAUCACUGACAUUAGUAGACGUUGA